CUGUCUUUUCCCGCCAAACCCUCUUUCCGUCUUGGUGUCGGCUCGUCCGAGCUUAACUCUGCUCGAACCCACGGCACACGCCCUUCCUCCAGCCCGGUGCCCUCGGACUUGCUUCGGGGCCUUUGCUUGCGCUGUCUCGGCGCUCUUGGUCUCCAUCGACGUUGGGGCCAUCUGUCCGCACCCGCAUUGCCUUUGGUGGCAUCCAUCCAUAUCUUUGUUGCUCUCCCGCCCUCGUCUAGCACUGCCUUCUCGCCUUUCUGCUCCAGCGCUGCUCCAGCAUUGCUCCCGAUACACUCUGGUAUCACUGUUUUGGCUGGCACCGAUAUUUCAGUCUUGGUUGGCUGCCUCAUCCCAGCUCCUUGAAUUCCAAUGGCCGAUCCCAUUCUCAUCCUCGACCUCGUCGUCGAGCAUGCCCGGGUCGAUACCCUCACGCUCUCCAGGCUCGCCCGACUCGCCCGCUUUUACCGGCUCUGGUUUGGGCCUCGGCACCCCGGCUGGAAAGCUGGCCUUGCCCUUUUCCUGGGAAUCCCAGAGAGCGCUGUCUUGCCUCGCGGCCUCGACUACCGAGCCAUUGCCCUCGGCGGAUGCAUCUUCUUCAGCCGCACCAGCGAGCAAAUCGAUCCACUCGAAGAUGCAUUCUGGUCGUUUGCCUCGUCCGAGCCGGCCCUCUACUACGCCGCCAUGGACCUCUGCGCUCUCCACCACCACCGCCUGUUCGAGCGAUGGUAUCAGAGCCAGGCCGGGUGGGCCUCCCGGGUCGGCAUCCAGCUCAAGGAAAAGCUCAACCACUCGGCCGUCUCGGGAGUGCGCCAGCUGCAUCUCGGCGGCAUUGUCGGCCGCAACGUCCCCGACUCGAUCGGCAACUUUGUCUCCAUCACCGAGCUGGGCCUGCAUGGCGAUAUCGAUGUAAUCCCUCCGACCAUCGGCGGCCUGCGGUGCCUGACCCGUCUGCGCAUCAUUGGCACCCGGAUCACCACCCUGCCUGGCUCAAUCGGAUUCCUGGGCGCCUUGACCGAUCUCCGCCUCUCCAACAAUCUCAUCACCCAUCUCCCGGACUCGCUCGCCAGCCUCAGCCGUCUCGAAAUUCUGUACCUCAACUCCAAUCCGCUUGGCGACUUUCCUCGUGCAGUCUUGGCUCUCAGGCAGCGGCUCCGCAUCCUCAAUCUCUCGUCGACCCAGCUGGCUCGCAUCCCCGUCGCCAUCGGCUCCCUCGCUGCCCUCAAGGAGCUCUAUCUCUCCGGCAAUCCUUUGCUCGGGGCCCUGCCCGAGUCCCUCGCCGACCUGGAUGCCCUCGAUCUGCUGGAGCUGUCCGGCAACUCGCUGGUGCACAUGACACCGCGCGUGUUUGCCAUGAGCUGCAAGACGGUCAAGCUUGCGCGCAACCGGCUCAUGGCCAUCUCGUUCUGUCCCGACGAUGCGGCCGCAUCUGCGUCUUCCUCGGCAUCAGCCUCCGCCUUGACAUCCGCAUCAGUGUCAGCAUCAGCAUCAGCAUCAACCACUGCUGUUUCCCCGACCCCAGUCCCGCCGUCGGGUCGCUCCUCGCGCAUCUCCUUCGUCUCGGUUGCCACCCGUCCCCUCUCCCUCUGGCUCGACCGCAGCCGGGUCAGCCUGGCCGAAUCCCUGGACCACAGCAACGACCGGACCUGGCUAUCGCCCCGGCGGUCCGAGAGCUUCAUCUGGACCGAGUCUCCAUCUGCGCCGCCUGCUCGCCUCAAUUGGCGACUCAAGAUCCUGGAUCUGAGUCACAACAGCCUCGCCUCCAUCCCAGCCUCCAUCGCUGCUCUGGCGGCCCUUGAGCAUCUCAUCCUCUCUAACAAUCGCCUCGGCCAGCUGCCGGGCGAGCUCAGCCAGCUCAGUCGACUGCACACCUUGGAUGUCUCCCACAACCAAAUAGAGCUCCUGCCUCCGUCCAUCGGUCGGCUGGAACGACUCCAUACCUUCGACGCCUCGCACAACAGCAUGCGUGCUCUCCCAGAGUCUAUCGCCGCUCUGCUCAGUUUGCAUCGUCUACUUCUGCAUGGCAAUCCAGACCUCCAGGAAUAUGGACCCCUCACCAAGCUUGCUCGGUCCAACCCGUCGCUGGUCAUCACCCUGGGCGAGCAGACCACUCCCGCUGGCAUCAAGGAUGUCCUCGGCUCUAUUGGAUGCGCUCGGUCAAGGCUGCGGAGGGCCCUGCACCGAUUCAUGUGCAUCCCGAUCUGAAGAAGCGUUACCGCCGCCUCUGCUUGCAUGCUCGGCCAGCUGCCUCAGCCACAUCUCCCCUUCUUUGUAUCAUAGCCAAAGCGCAGGGCCUGCGUAUACGAAACAAUCACCUAGACUAUCAAGGAGGACAGACAUUCUGAUCGCCAGUCACACACAAAAGCCCGCCUCACUGCACACAUCUCGCUCUGUUCCCGUCCGACAGCGCCCGUCCCAUUCCCACAUCUGUUGUCAUCAAUCGCGAAGCCGGGUAAUCAGUGGUGCCAGAAGCACAAUCCUCGCACAUAUUA